CCCACUAUAUUUUACUCUCUGCAACUUAUACCGAUUCUCGCGAACCUUCCACUUGCCUUCUACCACAUUUACACAUAUGCCAAACGCCCAAUGAUGCCUGGACCAGGAAUCUAUGAUCCAACUACUAUUCUCAACCGUUCCACAUUGUCUUCAACUCUCCGCAUCUCAUGGAUCAAGCUUGCAUUCUAUCUUGUCUCUUUCUUCUAUUAUCUCUACGUCAUGAUCUACACUUUGGUCACUUCAAAUUACAAUUUCCGAUGA